AUGGCUAAAGAUCUCGAGACCCUCGAAGGGCAACCACUGCAAGAGCGCGAGCAAGAACAAGAACAAGAACAAGAAUUAACACAGACACCCACAAGCCAAGAAGAAGAAAAUCAUCGUGAGACGUCGAAGAGAUCAGAAGAGUUAGGAUUGGUGACGCCAAGUUCAAGUGAUCACAAGAUUCCGGCGGCGGAGACAUGUCCUCCGGCGCCGAGAAAGCAACGGCGAGAGAAUCUUCCGACGAGGAAGAGAAGAUUGUCUGAAGAUCUAAGGUUCUUCGAAGACACGGACUUUGGCCGUCGAGAAGUUGAGUCUUUCUUCGUCGGUGUUCGUCGUUGCCAGACCGGUUUGGUUAAGAGGAGAAGGUGUAGGAGCACUUAA